AUGUAUCCACCUCAGCGACAGCUGGCGUACGCGCCGACGCCGUAUUCUUACACUCCCUCCUCGCUUUCCGCAACGAUUAAUCUAGACGAAGAAGUCAAAGUCGCCUCUAACAAUUCUGAGCGAGAAUUAUACGAGUCCCUGGCGGAGCUAUAUAGCAUCAUCGUUACUCUAGACGCAAUUGAGAAGGCGUACCUCAAGGACUCGAUAUCCGAGGAAGACUAUGCAGAGACAUGCGGACGGCUGUUGAAGCAAUACAAGUCUCAUUUACAGGACGAGAACAUCUCAAAGAACUUUGGCGACUUGGAGACGUUCAUGCGCAAAUGGGAUAUAGAAUGUCCCCGAGCAAGGGAAAGAAUACGCAUAGGACUAGUUGAGCAGAGUACUACGCGUCCAGCAGCAGCGUCUGGAUCUGAGGCAAAUACGGCGCUAGUCAUGACCGCGACCGAAAACUUCAUCACGCUCCUCGAUGCUAUCAAGAUUGGCAUGGUGGAGAAGGACAUGCUGCAUCCACUUCUAGUUGAUGUGAUUCAGUCAGUGAACAAGGUUACGGAUGUUGAAUUUGAUAGCAAGAGUGAGAUUGUGAAGUGGCUAAUCAAACUCAAUCAAAUGGGCGCCGCGGAGAAGCUCAGCUCCGAAGAUCAACGCCAGUUCCAAUUUGAUAUGGACCAAGCGUAUAAGGGCUUUAAGAAGAGCAUAUGA